ACCUCAUUUUACAACUUUGAUGGACUCUUCCACAAACCAAAUAGCCAAAAGCAAAGAGACCGAACCAACAAAACGGAAGCAUAUAAAAGACAAAAGAGCGUAUAUCCUGUCACUUUCAUCCGCCCACACCAACACCAGCACCAAUACCAGCCGAUUCGGCUCAUUUCAGUCGCCUCCCUUUCUCUCUCUCCUCUCGCAGCAAGAAUUUGAACCACUUACAAUGUCGUGGCUUGUGCGGCAAGUAGUCAACAAUGGCCGCCUUCAAUCUUCUUCGAGAAUUCGGGCUUUACAACACGCUGCUAGAACUUAUGCAACCGCCGGGAAAGAGAUAACAGUCAGGGAGGCUUUAAAUUCUGCAUUAGAUGAAGAAAUGGGUGCAGAUCCUAGAGUCUUUGUGAUGGGUGAAGAGGUUGGUGAAUAUCAAGGAGCCUACAAGAUAACCAAAGGGCUUUUGGACAAGUAUGGUCCAGAAAGGGUUAUUGAUACUCCGAUUACAGAGGCUGGUUUUGCCGGAAUUGGAGUAGGUGCAGCAUACAAAGAACUCAGACCUGUUAUAGAAUUUAUGACAUUCAACUUCUCAAUGCAGGCAAUUGAUCACAUUAUUAAUUCCGCUGCAAAAUCAAACUAUAUGUCUGCUGGUCAGAUAUCUGUACCCAUUGUUUUCAGAGGUCCAAAUGGUGCUGCUGCUGGAGUUGGUGCUCAACAUUCCCAGUGUUACGCAGCGUGGUAUGGUUCAUGCCCUGGUUUGAAGGUACUCUGCCCAUACUCAUCAGAGGAUGCCCGAGGGUUGCUCAAAGCUGCCAUUAGGGAUCCAGACCCUGUUGUUUUUUUGGAAAAUGAGCUGCUAUAUGGGGAAUCUUUUCCUGUUUCCGAAGAAGUUCUUGAUUCCAAUUUUACCGUUCCAAUUGGAAAAGCAAAGAUAGAACGGCAAGGAAAGGACGUGACAAUCACGGCUUUCUCUAAGAUGGUGGGCUAUGCUCUCAAGGCAGCUGACAUUUUGGCAGAAGAAGGAAUCAGUGCUGAGGUAGUAAAUCUCCGCUCAAUUCGUCCUCUUGACAGACCCACAAUCAAUGAAUCUGUCAGGAAAACAAAUAGGCUGGUAACCGUUGAAGAGGGUUUCCCGCAGCAUGGAGUUGGUGCCGAAAUAUGUGCGUCAGUUAUUGAAGAUAGCUUUGAAUACCUUGAUGCACCAGUUGAGAGGAUUAGUGGUGCUGACAUUCCUAUGCCUUAUGCCCCAAAUCUUGAAAGGCUGGCUGUUCCUCAGAUCGAGGAUAUUGUUCGUGCUGCCAAGCGAGCAUGCUACAGGUCAAGUUGAACUGCUUAAUACUCAGAUCAAGCUAUCAAUUUUCUUCUAAUUUCACAUUGAUAUUGAUGCAAUUUGUUAUUCAUGUCACUUGGUGUGGCUGCUUGAUCAAAAUUUGAGCAGUACUUGACCUUUUUGUGUCUCAAAUAAAAUUUUGUAACAUUAAUUUGUUCGAAACAUUCCUCAUGGAAUCGAAAAGAGCAUAGCUAAUACAAAAGGUUGAAAAUUAAUUAAA